AUGAAGCCAGUGGUGUCUGUCAUCCGCCUUGGUUACUUCAACCCAUGGAGGAUCACUGCAGUCAACCAGGUUCUCCAGCCAAAGACUCUUGUUGUCUCAUUCCCUGGGUUGGUUGUACCUGAGACUUCCAGCUCUGGAAAGGUAGAGCUGGGACCAGGACCCAUCAAUUCUGCACAAGUGAAGGAGGAACCACAUAAUUCAGUCAACCAAAGUCCUGAAACUGGGACACCUGAAGUGUACAUUCACCCUGAAAGUGGGACUAACCAAUGUCAGCCCUGGAUGGGUGAGCCCCCUGAGAGGGGUGCUGGCCAGCCUAGCCUCAGCAUGAGGGAGCCCCCUGGAAGUGGUAUCAGCCAAUGCAGCCUCAGCAUGGGGGAGCCCCCUAGAAGUGGUGUCAGCUGA